AUGUAUGGAAGUACUGAUAUACUUGAAGUUGACGAGAAUUUAUGCCUGCUUAGUUCAGAUUCCACUCAAACUGAAGGUGAUGAUGAUCCUGAUCCGAUGUCGGAAAAAAAUGCAAAAGAUAUUAUCCAUCCGGACUCUCACAUGCUUAAAAACCGAGUUAAAAUACCAGAGGUUCCACAUUCGGGAUUCAGUUUUCGAAAGUUGUGGGCCUUUAUGGGUCCCGGAUUUUUGAUGAGCAUAGCCUAUUUGGAUCCAGGAAAUAUUGAAAGCGAUUUGCAAUCAGGGUCACAAGCUGAGUAUCGACUCCUGUGGGUUUUGCUAUCUGCACAUAUUAUUGGUUUGUUUCUUCAGCGAUUAUCCGCUCGUUUGGGUGUUGUAAGUGGCAGGCAUAUGGCAGAAGUGGCGUAUGAAUAUUACCCACGAACGCCGCGGCUCCUUUUAUGGGUAAUGAUUGAAAUAGCAAUUAUUGGAAGCGAUAUGCAGGAAGUUAUCGGUACAUCGAUUGCAAUCUAUCUUGUAACUGGAGGCUGGAUUCCUUUAUACAUUGGCGUUCUCAUUACCGUUCUAGAAACAUUUUUGUUCUUAUUUUUGGAUACUUAUGGCUUUCGAAAGCUAGAAGUUUUCUUCGUAAUUUUGAUUGCGAUUAUGGGGGCUACCUUCGGUUAUGAAUAUGUAAUAGUAAAACCGGAUCAGCUCUCGGUCUUGAAAGGUAUGUUUUUACCGUGGUGCGAAGGCUGUGGUCGUGAUCAGUUCAUGCUUGCUGUUAGUAUUGUUGGUGCUGUCAUAAUGCCUCAUAAUUUAUACCUUCAUUCCGCGCUUGUUAAGAGUCGCGAAGUAGAUAGGAAAAGGAAAGCCAGCAUCCAGGAAGCAAGUUUCUACUUCUUUAUCGAAUCCGGUGUUGCAUUAUUAUGUAGUUUUAUAAUUAAUGUACUUGUUGUUGCUGUUUUUGCGCAUGGAUUGUAUAGCAAGACUAAUUACCAAGUAAGGGUAAAUUGUGACGCACGUAAAGAUAGCAUGGAUGCUACAGCAUUUCCUUAUGAUAAUGAGACGGCUAAAUCGGAUUUAUACAAAGGUGGCAUAUUUCUUGGCUGUGAAUUUGGUUUGGUUUCUCUCUAUGUUUGGGGUAUUGGCAUCUGGGCAGCAGGACAAAGUUCUACGAUGACUGGUACUUAUACUGGGCAAUUUGUGAUGGAGGGUUUCUUGCAAAUCCGUUGGUCUCGUUGGAAACGAGUUUUGGUUACUCGUAGCAUAACAAUUGUACCGGCAUUAUUGCUUGCAUUGCGCAUAAAUAGUAUGCAUGACUUAACGGGGAUGAAUGAUUUGUUAAAUUGUGUUCAAAUGGUGCAACUGCCUUUUGCGCUUAUUCCAGUGGUAACAUUUACAUCUAGUGCCAAAGUCAUGCUAGAUUUUCGAAAUUCCAGAUUUUUCCAAAUUUCGGCGUUACUUGUGUCUUGUAUUGUAAUUUUUAUUAAUUUAUACUUCUUCGCGGAUUACAUAACUGGAGAGCUGGGAAACACAUGGUACAUCUGGAUAGUACUCUUGAUCCCAUCCCUCGCAUAUCUUAUAUUCGUCUGCUAUUUGCUGUUCGUAUGCUUGGCGACAAUAGGUGUUCUGACUUCUCCAAAAUGGAAAAAAAUACCUGGUUGCGAUCCAAUACAUUUCAAUACUGAUGCACCUUGGCUCUCCGAAGAACAGGAAAUUGUAGCUAGAAAGCGUAUCGAUAACAGUCGUUACCCUCAACCUAUCAUCUAA